AUGUUGUCCUCGCAUAGCAGGUUGACGUUGUCUUAUGACCUGCAUGAGCCUAGCAAGCGACCUGUUGGCGGGUCCUCCAACCCCAUCAUUUUUCUUCAUGGUCUUUUCGGAUCCAAGAAGAACAACAGGAGUAUCAGCAAAGUUCUUGCUCGUGACUUGGGUAGACCUGUGUAUGCUCUGGACCUACGCAACCAUGGCGAAUCGCCUCACGCGAAGCAGCACGACUAUGUGCACAUGGCAGAUGACGUUGCCGGAUUCAUGGAUCAGCAUAGACUGAAAAUGCCCACUGUCAUCGGUCACUCAAUGGGAGCCAAAGCUGCCAUGACCCUUGCAUUGAAAUCCCCUGAGCUCGUGCAAGAUAUCGUGGCGGUUGACAAUGCGCCCGUCGAUGCUGUCUUGGAGAGCUCAUUCAGCAAGUACAUUCAGGGCUUGAGAAGAAUUGAAGCAGCGGACAUUACGAAGCAGGCCGAAGCAGACGAAAUACUGAAGGAAUAUGAGGAUUCUCUUCCUAUCCGGCAGUUCCUGCUGGGCAAUUUAUAUCGGCCCGAGGCUGGAAAGCCGCAGCAAAAGUUUCGGGUGCCCCUCGACAUUAUUAGCCGGUCUCUGAACCACAUGGGCGACUUCCCGUUCAAGGACCCAACGAAGACUCGAUUCGAAAAGCCUGCUCUGUUUGUCCGGGGAACCCAAAGCAAGUACGUGCCGGAUGACGUUCUACCGACGAUUGGGCAAUUCUUCCCCAAGUUUCGACUCGCGGAUCUUGAUGCCGGGCACUGGUGCAUUUCAGAGAAACCAGAAGAGUUUCGUCAAGGUAUGUUAUCGAUCUAUUAUGAAGACUCAAGAGACUGA